UUCUGUCUGAUUUUUCUGUCCACCCCUCCGAACCGAUAUGGUAUAGUCCAAAAUAGACCCUCCUUCUUACGCAUGCGCACUAGACCAAGUAGGCCGUGCAUAGUGCAUCCUGGGAUACCAACAUGUCGCGACGUUACGAUACAAGAACGACCAUCUUCUCUCCAGAAGGCCGCCUGUACCAGGUGGAAUAUGCCAUGGAGGCCAUAGGUCACGCUGGCACUUGUCUGGGAAUCCUGGCGAAUGACGGCAUCGUGCUGGCUGCCGAGCGAAGGAACACGCACAAGCUGUUGGACGAGGUCUUCUUCUCCGAGAAGAUCUACAAACUCCAUGAUGACAUGGCGUGCAGUGUUGCGGGAAUCACAUCUGAUGCCAACGUCCUCACAAACGAACUCCGUCUCAUAGCACAGAGGUACAUUCUACAAUACCAGGAACCCAUUCCCUGUGAACAACUGGUCAGCAGUCUGUGUGACAUCAAACAGGCUUACACACAGUGGGGAGGCAAGCGUCCGUUUGGUGUGUCCAUCCUGUACAUCGGCUGGGACAAGCACUACGGCUUCCAGCUGUACCAGUCGGACCCCAGCGGCAACUACGGAGGCUGGAAGGCCACGUGUAUAGGCAACAACAGCGCUGCUGCUGUGUCCAUGCUGAAGCAGGAGUACAAGAUAGACGAGAUGACCAUGCAGGACGCCCUUCAGCUGGCCAUCAAGGUCGUCAGCAAGACGCUAGACGUCUCCAAACUCACACCUGAGAAAGUGGAGCUAGCGACGUUGACCCGAGAGAACAACAAGACCAAAGUGCAGGUUUUGCCGAGCAAACAGGUGGAGGAACUCAUCAAGAAGCACGAGGCAGAGGUGGCAGCAGCCGAGCAGGAGAAAAAGGAGAAGGAGAAACAAGAGAAGGGGUCGUCAUAGUUACCUGUUGUCAUAGUAACGUCCUUGUCACAAGGAGUAGUCAAGUGUUUUCUAUAUGUAAGUAGAGUAUCUUGAGAGCAUACUUCUGAAGUUUACGUCAUUCUUAAGGCCAGGCUCAUAUUUGUAAAGACAUGAACUAGAGAAUUGUCCAGGAAAACACCUAUGUAUCUUUAAGUGGAUUCAAACUAAAUCUUCUUCCAAUAUGGAAAGUCUCUGUAAGACGAACUUGUUGGUCACCUUGUAGUUCUUGUCUGGUGAAAAAAUAAUGUUAUGUUCAAAGGCAUGUAGUAAGAAAUGAGAGCACAACAAAGAAAUUGGAUAAUUUCAUUAAAAUAUUUCAAACACUCGCA